UGUUUGAACGUACGGCGGGUACCAAGCAGCAGCAGCAGCAGUCGAGAAAAAGUUCAACUAGCCUGCUACCUAGUCGCGUUGUCUCGCUAAAGAAAAUAUAUCGAUAAGAGAAAAGCAGUUCUAUUGAGACGCUGGUAUUGGAUGGCAUUGUGUAUCAAUAAGUUUGGUGUGUUUGUCCAAACUUGUCAAGAACGGCUUUCAUCGCGAUAUCUCAUGAAUGCGAUGACCUGCAAAUUAAGUGGCCUGUUCAGCACCGGCGAGGACUUUGAUGAUGAGGACCUGCUCGGGACAGACUGGACUGCCUGCUCAGCGUCUGGACCAGCCGAUGUGGCAGCUGCUGUGUCAUCCUGCGCCCUGCGUGCCUCCUCGGUUGCUCGCAGAGAGACGGAGAACAUUUGCCUUCAGCAAACUGGAGGCAAAUCAGCUGCCCCGUGUGGUGGCACAGCAUUAAGCAUCGGCACGAACGCUGAUGCUGCUGCUGCUGCUCAACGAACUGUUGCUUUAGGUUUGAGGCAACUCUCCUCCUCCUCGUCCUCCUCUUCAGCUCAGCUCCCUCCUCCCGCAAAUUUGGCAUCACAACAGAAUCAUUCAACGGGGCUGCUGAAGCCCUGCGUGGCUCAGGAUGAUUUCGAUGACUGGGAUGUUGACCUGGCAGACCUGGAUGAGUGCGACGGCCAAAUGCAGCAGCUGCCUCAAACUCCUGCUCCCUGUACACCUGCUGCUCCCACAGUUGAGCCUUCAUCUUCGGCCAAAACGCUGCGACCCUCGACCUGUGGAGGGCCGCUACCUGAUCGGACCCUCAGGGCGCUCAGCAAGACCUCCAGCUCAUCUAAUCAUAACCUUCCUCCUCGGACACUUUCUGUUUUGCAGUCUGCGAACUCUCGCCCUGCUCCUCUGCAGAGUCCUGGUGUUUUCCCCAGUCGACCUGCGACCUCUCCUUCCCUUAGCACUUUUUCCAGAACACUGCAGCAGCCGCAUAAUCCACGAGUAACUCCAAGACCCUCCCCUCAGACCCGCAGCCUCUUUGAAACAGUCUCCCCAGCUUCUUCUUCCUCUCCAUCCUCCAAUCUGAGCCCUCAUCCCCUUCACACACCGAUUCUGACCAAUCGCCUCGUCCAGCUCGUAUCUGCAUCCAAUAAGCUUCCAAAGAAGAGGCCUCGCUCUGAGCCUCACCGAACGAGGACCCGGCGCUUCCCUGGUCCUGCAGGACUUUUACCACAGCAGCCUCAGGGUCAGAAUCUGGAGGAGAUCGUGGUUUCUGUUCCUCAGACCCCUGCUCACGGCGUUGUCGCCCGGCUGCCAAGCCAGGGCUUCAGCUCACAGACUGAGGAGGAUGAGUUCAGCGGCGGCGCCUGGUCAGCGAUGAAGGCAGAGAUGGGUUUGGAUGAGAGGAAUCCGUCAUGCUUCCUUCACUCCUACAGCGUGGUCAUGGUGCUCCGCAAGGCUGCACUGAAACAGCUGGCGAGAAACAAAGUGCCCAACAUGGCCGUGCUGCUGAAGAGCAUUAUCCAUACACAUGCUGACGCCAAGGCUGUGUUUAAAGACCCAACAGGGGAAAUUCAGGGAACUGUGCAUCGGCGUCUCUUAGAGGACAGAGCGGAGGAGCUGAAGGUCGGAGCCGUGCUGCUGCUCAAACAGGUGGGUGUGUUUUCUCCCUCCCAUCGUAACCAUUACCUGAACGUGACCCCCAACAACCUGCUGAGGAUCUACGCCCCGGAUGGAGUCAGUCUGUCCUCCACUCAGCUCCCCCCGCUGGUCCUGGAGCCGCUGCUGCUGUCACCCGCUCGGCGUCCCAACGUCCUCCGGGAGCCGGUUUCUCGCAUGCAGCUGGUGUUCGAUGAAGAGGAUGAGGAGGGAAGAGGGCCUGGGGCUCCGGCAGACACUCGCUACAGCAGAGGCCCCCAAGAGUGUGCAGGGAACCCAACGCCACAGGACCCCGGCUGGGAUGCAGAUGACGACCUGGAUGAGCUGCUGGGAGAGUUACCUGAGGACACCUACAGCCUCUGAUUCAUUGACUGACGGACCUGAAACACUGUUUUCCUGACGUCACCUCUUCAAGAAACCCCUUCCGACGACUGAAGAACUGGUGAAAAUAUGUACUAUAUAUGUUGAAAAGAUACAGAAGACAGUUUAUUUCUUGUUACUGUGGUGAAUCUGUGCAUUACUGAUGAUUGUGGUGUUUCUGGAACAUCUGCUCAUUAAUUAAUCAGCUCCACAUCCCACAUUCCUCAUAAGGACUUUAAUUCAGAUUGUUUAUGCAUUAAGGAUGUUCCUUUCACUUUCCCAUUCAUUCUUAUCCAUUGUUGUGCCUGCUUCAUUGUCCUUGAAAUGAAAAACUACUCUAGACAUCAUUGAUUUGCUAAUUAUGUUAAAUGAAAGCAACAUCAGGAUUCUUCGUCUGCUGUGUUUUCCUGUUCGUUUUUGCCCUUGACCUUCAUUUUAUCAGUCGCAUCUUUGUCUCCGAGCCUCGACGUGGGGGAGCACAGACUGACCCUGUUUGUUUGCUGUGCAUUAAGAGGUGUAUCGGAGGUUUUCAGGCGAGGAUUGCAGGGAAAUAGUUUCAGAGAACUCUCAACUAGCAGUUUUUACCCAGCUCUAUCUGCAUCAGGGUGGAGUCGCACUGUGACUAACAGGCUCUUAUGGAGGCUUUCCCAGCGGCAUCUCAUCCCCACAUCCAGACUCCUCCAGUAGCCCUGCCUCACUGUAACGGAUUCAGGUUAAUCCUCAGCCUCUUUGUCAUUUUGAGAGUGAUGCAGCUGCUCCAGAGUGCCUGGUUUUAUGUUCAGAGGGGAGAGAAUGGGGAUGAUGAAAUGGCUUGUGUUUACAGUCUCCGCUCUGAGCCGUGCCGCUUAAAUAAGUACAAUUUACAGUGCAGUCUGUAAAUAUUGGGACAGUUACGCGUCUUGCGUUGUUUGGGCUCUCGGCUUCUGCACAUUGGAUCUGAAAUGAACCAGUAAAUGAGAGUUUAAAGUGCUGACUCUCGGUGUCAGUGGAAGGGUGAUUACAUGGUAGCCCUGUUAUUGCCCUCAUGCUUCAGUGGCGAUGUUUCCAGAAACGGUGUCCUGCUACUUUAUACUACAGAUAAACCAAAAGUCAUUUUGAAAGUGUGUUCAGUGGAUUGUCCCAAAUCACCGGGGGACUCUUUCUGAAGUGUUAUUUUGCUGGUAAAUUUCUCAGAUGGGCAUCUCAAAUGGUUGUCAGACAAACAAAAGUAGAUCUGUGACAAGAUACAGUUAUGGUCAAAGUUUAUUCAAGCAAACUUUCAAUUUAUCAUUAAUUUUAAGAUCUGAGUGAACUGCUGUUACGGAAACAACUGACACAGAGUUGUGCAUCGUCAAAGGUUUGCUGUAGUAGUAGGAAGACAAAAGUGAGCCCUGCACUGGCAAGAAUGUUAGACGCCAUGAAGAGUCUAAGAUCAGCACGAAGGCCAUCCUGAUGAAUCUGAGCAACAUGUUUGACAAAACAACAAGGAGAACUCCACUACUCCAAGGCAGGCACAAAGAAGAAGGCUUACUGUCAUCAGUUCUGUAGUUGGAGGAGAUCAAGUUGGAGUUGUUUGGACACAAACAGUAGCCAGUAGACCAGACAGCCUUGUCAAAAUAAAAGACAUAAUGGGAAAAGAGGACGAAAACAUCAGGCAGUACGCAGAAAAACUUGCCCUUUGGCAGACAAUGAUGGUAAACACAACGUGGUCAAGAAAUGGUUAACAGGAAACAAUAUGACCAUCGAAAGCAAGGUAUUGCCAACGUUUGACACUCAUUGAUGUAUCUUCCAGCCAGACUUGUCAAUGUGCUGCUACUCUAAUAAUUUGGGGAAUAAAAAGGGUUUUAGUGUAGUAUUGAUGUGAAAACCUGAAAAUGCAGAAAGUCAGCACUCGAUUCUAAUAGUCAUUGAUUCAUUUCAAAUGAAAAAGUGCUGUGGGGCAAAAUAACAAAUCCUAAAGAGCUACAGUUCGUACCGAGCGGAUGAGUGGUUUCCUGAACUGUGGGUCUGUGCUUUCCAGGAAGUAAAAAGAUAAAUCUGAGGAGGUCAUCAGUGUUUCCAGACUUUCCUUUUAGUCUUGUGGCCCUUUUUAAGUACUUUCACAGACUUCAAGGUAAAACUAGUCAAUAAUUGACAAAAAACACAAUUUAGACAGAUAAACCAGUUCUUUUUGUAGCAGAAGUGUGUAUUCUUGCUUUUGGAUCCUGCUAAAUAUCUCACAAGCCUUUAUAUUCAUAAUAAUCAACUUUAUUCCUAUUGCACAAUUUAUACAGUAAGGCCAACUCGAAAUGCCUUACAUUAGUAAAAACCAGAGAAUAAAAUGAAAAUAAUGAUAGAACACAUGACAAUAAAACACAGAAGUCCAUAAUCAAAGUAAUAAACAGACCUGAUACCGGUCAGUUUCAUUAAAUGACAUAAAACUACUUGAAUGCAGCCUAAAAAGAGGAGUUGUAAGGUUUCAUUUAAAAGUCUGAACACCUCUGGAAGCUUUUUCUAUAGGUGACUGCUGCUGACACACAACGUGUCCUUACAACUACACUAAAAUAAUAAAGAAAAAUAUAUUCAUGUAGAACAAAAUUCAGUGAUGUUUUUGUAAUGUAUAUUUUUUGAAAUGUUUGAAAACUGUUGCUUCUCCAAAAAAAUGAACAACCCAGAUAGUCUUCUGUCUAUAACUGAGGUGUUUUGGGGUCAGAAGACCAAAAAAAAAAAAAAAAAGGCAAAAAAGUUGAGAUCCACUGUUGGAGAUGCAGCUGUCUACUGUAUAUAAUACAGUCAGUGUUAGAACCAGCAGGGGGUAGCAUUUAACACCCCGUCUGACAGUUCAGGUCCUCGUGGACUUCAUUACUCCUGUUCAUGAGCUUAUGAGAGCGCUCAGACAUCCAACACCCAGCUAACAGUCCUGAUGAUAAAACUCCUAAUUGGAGGGGAACUUAAUUUGACCAGAACAAGGCUCUUUGUAACUGUCUGUGUUUAUGUGCGUUUGCAGACGAGGAGCUGCUCCUUCAAUAAUCUGCACAUCUACCAAUUAAGACCUUCACUAAAGGGGGGGACGGGGGAGUGGGGUGCUUGGUUCCUGUGAGUCUGCAGCUAUUGCUCUCACGCUGGAAUAAUUUUCCCUUCUACUUCAAUUGCCUCUCGCCAGAGGUAAUAAUCAGCUGUGCCCAGUCUCUCCAACUUUGGUACUUAGGCUGCCUAAUUAUCUCCCGGUAAGAGCUUAUUAUUUUCAUAAUCCAUUAAGAUAGUCCAAGAGUGUAAUUACUCUUCCGGUCUUGUCAUGUAACCUGCAUAGUUCAAGAAGUGCCUGGUGACAUCCCAAAAAACAUUCAAAAAGAUAUUUUAAAAAGUAUUAUCUGUGGUUUACUCAUCUAUUAUGUAAAGCACUGUUAACUGUAUGAGAUCAGGUUGAAACGUUCCACCAUACACAGUGUUUUUAACAAGUUGUGGCUAUAAUAAAUGGUUAAUAAUAUGAAAACUGCAAUCAAACUUGCUCUUUGUUUGCUAUUAUAGAACUUAAAGAAGCCACAUCGCUGCAAUGUUGACUGUCAUUUACACUAUUAACAGCGCUGCUCAAAUACAAGCAUAUGAGUGUGGUGUUGGAUUCAAAAUUGGGUCCAGGUGUGACCAGACUAAUAAACCAUACAAACACUAUCUGACAAAAUAGCCUCAUCUCUAGGUCAAUUUAACAGCUGGUUCAGAGACUUGGAUUAUAUGAGGCCAAUAAAAAAUAUUCACUUGACCUUGUUUUUUUUAAUUGCUUUUCAACGUUGAAUCAUAGUCAAUUUAAUAUUGGUUUUUUUUGUGGGGGGGCAAAAUUCCAAAAAGAAUGGCUCUUUCAUGCCAAAAUGAAAACAAAUUUCUACAAAGUCAUGUCAAUUAAUUAAAAAUAUAAAAUCUAAACAAAGUGGCUCCAUUAAGUGACUCACCUAAUUCAGCAGAGGUGCAGCUAGUUGGUGCUAAAAGUCACACAAGAGGCUAUUUAGGUUCAGUGAAUGUGUUUCAGUGAUUGUAGUAUAAAGAUACCUGUAUCUGGAAGGUCCAGUCACUGGUGAAUCAGUACUUCUAGCUAUAACUACACCAUGAAGACUAACAAACACUACAUGAAAAAGUUAUUGGAAAAGACAAGGCAAAGGAUGGAUAUAAGAAAAUUUCCAAGUCCCUGAAUAUCUCUUAAUGUACAGUUAAAUCAUUAAGAAUUGGAAGGAAUAUGGACACGUAAAUCUGUCUAGAGCAAGUCAUCCUCAAAAACUGAGUCUGUGUUGUAUCUACUCUCAGAUGUACGUCGCUUUGGAUAAAAGUGUCUGCUGAAUCAAAUUGCGAAUUGUAAAUUGAAUCACUGAGCAAGAAAGAGAGUUGUGAAGGUGGCCACCAAGGCACCUACGACUUCUCUGAAGGAGUUACAAGCCUCAGCACCUGAGAUGAUAACAGUUUUUGUUCUUCAUCAGUCAAAGCUUUACGGGAGAGAAAGUCACGGUUGAUAAAAAUCUCAUUAAUUUUGGACUACAGUUCAACUGAAGGUAUGUGAGAGACUCUGAAGUUAACAAGAAGAAGGUUCUUUGGUUCAAUGAGACCAGAAUUGAGCUUUUUGGCCAUCAGGCUAAACAAUAUGUUUAGUGGACAGCAAAAACUGCACAUCAUCACAAAACCUGAAGCAUGGUGGUGGCAGCAUGGUGGUGUGAAGUGUAGUGUUUGCACCAUCAUGGUGUGAAGCAUGGUGGUGGCAGCAUCAAGAUGUGAAGUAUGGUGGUGGCAGCAUCGUGAAGUGUAGUGUUGGCCGCAUGAUGGUGUGAAGCAUGGUGGUGGCAGCAUCAAGAUGUGAAGUAUGGUGGUGGCCACUGUUCCCUCUAAGCUGCGCGCGUGCGCAAUUGCGCACUGCUGACAUGGUCUCCGUGCACAGAAAAUCUGCGCUGCGCACAAAAAAAAAAUCCAACCUAAACUGUAAAUAAAAUAAACACGUAACAAUUCAUUCUGUGCUAUUUUUCAGUGUGAGUCAGUGAGUGACCGGUGACUGGCUGCUGCAGCCAAUGAUGCGAUUCACAUACGUAUUUACCAUAGACUGUAUAUAAUGGUAUUUACGCAGCUAAUCAACGUCAGGCGUCCUUAUGUGCAGCCACCGUUGUUCUCAUAGAUAUGAAUGAGUAGAUAGGACACGCCCCUUUGAGCUGCGUGCUACGGCGAGGCUAAGCUAGUGGGGGCAAAGUUUCAGUGCGUUCCGUUGAUGUAGACGGCAUGAAAACGGAAACAAGUAUGCCAGCUCACUGUGCUGCAUACAGUUACACACUACGUCGUACGAUUGAGACAAGGAAACUUGGAAUGACUUUUCAUAGGUUUCCCAGAGACUAUGGGUUGAGGAGGAAUUGGAAGUUUGUCGGCUUAGACCUGGUGUCAUUCCAUCAGUGUUAAACUUCCUGGCUCAUCUUGGAAGAGUACGUGCCAGAAAGACCACAACCAAGCAGCCUUGAGAUCUUAGGCAGCGUCUCCCUGAGGUCCCUCUCUAUCUCCCCACACAUCCACCAACCACUGGAACACAUCUCCAAAGUUCUGCUGGGCCAGCUCAGCUUCCCCUCAGAAGAAGUUCACCAGAUGAAGGAGCCUUUUGAGAGGCAGCUGGCAUCGUGAUUGGACUGUACUUUGGUCUGUUCCAAUCCAGCUUCAGCUCCAGAGACGGCAGGCGGGACGAGUCAACGGAGGCCGGGUGGACGAAGGCAUGCAGCUGAGUACAAUCCAGAAAACAACAGAGGAGGAGUGCAGCAGCCCAGGGCCAGAACAGAGUAACAUAACCAAAGAACUACAGACUCUUCACAACCUGCUCAAACUCUUGGUACAGGACCUCACCACACGGGUCAAGAAGGUUUCUGUCUCAUUUCUACUCUGAAGCUCACCUUCUCCUGCUCAAACUGCUGACAAAUGUUUCUGCUGCUCUAAAGUCUGCUCUCCAGAACUUCCUAUAAACUCUCAAAGUCUCUUCUGCUGCAGGUUGCUUUGUAGAACUGUUGCAGAAAACCUCACUAAACCACAUGGAGGGGCCUCAAGAUAGUCAUCCAAAUGAAACCGUACAAAAACCAAACUAGCACAACCUAAAUGCUAAAGUCUCCUGCAGCCUACCAGAGAACCUCUGAGAACAGAGAAUCAGGACAGGAACUCUUACCUUCUGGACAGCCAACCUUGGUUCACAAACAAGAAUUCAGAAUGUGUCUGACCAAAAACCUCUAAAGACUCACUACAGCCAAGAUAAAGACACAACUCAGCUGCAGCAAAUCCACUAAUCACUGCACACAUUAGCACCAUGUGCUAACUGUGGCUAAAGAACCUCAUUUACCAAGACAACUAUCCAGUACAAAGCCCUAAAACACACCAAGAAACACAUUAAAGUCUAUUUUACUGCUGGAAGCUGCAAGCCAACGCCUAAAGAACAAACUAAAGCAAUGGAGCCAAACCCAGUUCAGUGGUGAAGAGAAGCAGAGGAAAUGUUUGUCUGCAGCUAAAUAAAGCAGGAAGACACUGAGCUGCUCAGGUGUUCCUGAUAACACCAAGCAGCCACCUGGACAGCCAAUAGGAACACAGCUUACUGGAAGUCCAGAGGGCUGGGUUAGUGAAGGAAAUUUAAUUUAAAGUUGAAGCAGAAAGUUAACAAAGAAAGUUGAAAACCA